CAGGCAUUGGGUCCCAGCUUUCUACUGCAUUAUUACCAUGACAUUUGUUUACAUAAAACAUCGGGAGGAUGAGCGGUUCUUGGUCAACACUGACUGCUCUAUCAUUUGCCUGCUACAGCACUUGAGAUCCAAGCUAGGAAUAAAUGAGUCAGAGUUAGUGGAUCUCUGUGAUGAAACAGGAGCACUGCUCUUCAUGUUCAGACACCUCCAGGAUUAUGCGAGUCAAAUAUUAUCCCCUCGCAAAGCAUAUAUAUUAUGCACCAUCAGACAGAGUUCUGCUGGAGCAUAUAUCUCCAUCACUCCACAUGUGGCAAAUCCUGACGUGGCUCUACAAGGAAUGCUGGAGAAUCAGUUAGGCAAUCUUGAGCAGACUCGGCGUAAACCACAUGCUUUGGAGGGCCAAAAAACAUCAGUACAGACUAAGAAACAACCUUUCAGACCUCAAAAUCCAGUAAACAGAUGAGAGUAUUUUCCAAAAAGCCUUGGGGAUCAUCAAGAUGUUUUCUGGCAAAUCUGAGACGAGCCUUUAUGUUCGUUUUGCUCAGCAGCGGUUUUCAUCUUGGAACUCUGCCAUGCAGGCCAUUUUUGCUGGUCUUUUUCUUAUGGUGGAGUCAUGAACACUGACCUUAACUAAGGCAAGUGCGGCCUGCAGUUCUA